AUGGUUCAUUUGCUAAUUAUUCUCAGUGUCAUCGCGACCUCGCUGGCCUGCGCUCCGAAUUCUGGGACAACUGGUGGUGGAGGAGCCGGUGCCACUAAUGCUGGAGGUAAUGCAGGAGCCGGUGCCACUAAUGCUGGAGGUAAUGCAGGAGCCGGUACCACUAAUGCUGGAGGAGCGGCAACUGGUAAUGCAGGAGCCGGUGCCACUAAUGCUGGAGGAGCGGCAACUGGUAAUGCAGGAGCCGGUACCACUAAUGCUGGAGGAGCGGCAACCGGUAAUGCGGGAGCCGGUGCCGGUACCACUGGGCGAAAACGUUAA